UGAUUAGCUUGCAUAAGACUGUAAGACACAGAGUAGAAUAUGUUUUACAGUAAGACAGGAGGUACAAUACAAACCAUGACUCAUGCUUUUAGGCAUAGCCUUUAUAACAUAUCAAAAUUAGAAACUGAACCACUGUAACAGAACUUUAUAACCUCAUCAGUGAUUUUGUACACAAGAAGAUCAGUCAGUGGGCAUUUACUGGAGAAUAAUUUCCAACACAGUUUAUUCCACCAUUUUUUUUUUUUUCAAAACACAUUUGUUCAGACACAUUUCCAACAAUAGGUUAUGAUCUGGUCAUUGGCAUUUUAUUAUGUGGCCCUGUUCAUGGACUCACACAUACAAAUCUGACCUUUAUGGUGGCAAGAAGAAAGCAAUCGUUAAAAGAAAGCCAUGAAAAAUCUCAUUUAAAGUUUGUCACAAGCCUUGUAAAGAACAUAACAAACGUGGAUAAAUCUGGUAACACGAAACCAAAUGAAAACCUUUUGGCAUUAUACAAAAAAGACCUACUGUGAAACAUUGCAGUGGCAGCAUAAUGCUGAGGGGAUGUUCUUAUCAGGUCAAGAUAUUUAUUUUUAGGGUUUCUGAAAGGUUCUGUUGCACAGUAGGCUUAAUGUGGAGAGUAGGUGUGCAGAAAAAUCAUCACUGCAUACAUAAGUAACAUUUUAAAAGCUUUACAGACUUUUAGGCACCACUGUUUCUAUGGCAGUCUGUAAGGGACAGAACUAAUAGUCCUCUCUUUUUAAAGGUCAAAGUGGUAAUGAUAACUGCGUUCGCACCAAAAAUGUUUAAUUUUUCUCUUUUCAAAAAUGUGACCUUUCCCAACUACAUAUCCCAUUGUAUCCGUGGUGGAGCGCAGUUUACGUACACGGGAGACGGUGGGUCGGGUCAGUGUUUACUUCCGGACUCAGAUUUAGAUUUCGCUCAGAAAGCAUCAGCUCCAGUGGAGGCUCAGUCUGGAAGCCUAAACGGUAACCAUACAAGGCUUCAUGACAGAGGUUACCGGGUUGACAAGCAACAUCCCGACAGUCAAGUCUCACAGGCGGCGGCACAGCACACCGGACGCGGCUCAUCCAGGCGGACACACACCGCUGCUCGGCUCUCCUCCGCUUGCCUUCGCUUCUUUCCCGCUGCCAGCUAGCGAGGCUGACCCGACCACCGCUUCAUGAUCUGCGGAUCAAAACAAGGACAAUCGCUCAAAGUUUCAGCGACGUUUCUCGUGUUUGAUCAGCCAGAAGAUCCAGCAACCUGAAGAGACACGGGCCCCGGGGAGAGAGCGACCCGGACUCCGGAGCCAGGCGGCAAGGCUAGCCAGGGUGGUGGCUGGAUAAACCAGGGGGGUUGCCUCCAGCUCCUGGUGGAUUUAUUCGCUGCCAGCUAACGUUAGCUCAGCUAGCUCCAAGCGGCACCAUGGAUUGGUUGAUGGGGAAGUCGAAGACGAAGCCAAAUGGAAAGAAACCACCAGCAGAAGAGAAAAAGCAGUAUGUGGAGCCAGAGUUCACCAAAAUCCGAGUGUUGGAAUUCGACCUGAAGGAGCUGGUGGUGCUGCCCAGAGAGAUUGACCUCAACGAAUGGCUAGCAAGCAACACGACAACGUUCUUCAAUCUUAUCAACCUGCAGUACAGCACCAUUUCAGAGUUCUGCACUGGGGAAACCUGUCAGGCCAUGACGGCUUGUAGCACAAUAUACUACUGGUAUGACGAGAGGGGAAAGAAGACGAAGUGCACUGCUCCACAGUACGUCGACUUUGUAAUGAGUCUUUGUCAGAAACUGGUCACAGAUGAGGAAAUCUUUCCCACAAAAUAUGGCAAAGAGUUUCCCAACUCGUUUGAGUCCUUGGUAAAGAAGAUCUGCCGGUACCUGUUCCACGUGCUGGCUCACCUCUACUGGGCGCACUUUAAGGAGACAGUGGCUCUGGACCUGCACGGCCACUUGAACACUCUGUAUGCACAUUUCAUCGUUUUCGUAAGGGAAUUCAACCUGAUCGACCCCAAGGAGACCUGUAUCAUGGACGACUUGUCCGAAAUCCUCUGCAGUCCCUUGCCCACCCCGGCCCCCUCCACCGCAGCACCAGCUCCCUCCCCCUCCUCACAAAACCACGUGACGGAGAGAUGAGCAGGGGGCACGGCGGCGAGACAGCAGCCCUGGGGGAUGAUGGAAGAUGAGAGAGGAGAGAAGGAAGAGAAACAGCUCAGCCCCCUACCUUGGUGCAAGCAGGACUUACGAAACCUUCCACUACCCUUAUAUUUCGCUACAACACCAACCAACCAACCAGCCAGAAGAAAAGGCCGGAAGAGGGUUUUAUGGGGUGUUUGGGGAUGCGGGGAGGGGUUUGUCACGCCAGCAGGAAUUGGCGUGAGCGUUCCUCCCAGGGACAAAUCCCUCCCAUCUUCUCUGCAAUCUAAACUAGGAACAAAAAAAAUGUGUAUAUUUUAUUUUAUUAUUUUUUUGGUUUUUAUUUUCUGCAUUUAUUUUUUUUUUUUUUUUGAAAGUUCUACUUGGUUUUAUUUUGUUGUUUGAGCGGGGUGCACUGUUUCUGUCCACCUCCAUCUAUCCUCUACCUAGUGUAUACAGUACAGGAAAGGGUGGGGGGGGGGCAGAGGCUCUGCUUUGCUUCAACCUGCUAUGUGUACAGUGUUGUUGAUGUGUGGAGAAGAGGUGCCUCUGGGCCAGGAGGCAACCAUGUUACCGCCCAAUGGGGCAACGCUAGCCAAUCACUGUUUGGGUUCUGUAUCUGGAGGGUGGGUUGGGGGUACAUAAGGUGCUUCCUACUCAGGAUCUGAGAGAAUCAGUCACUGCUGCCAGAGAGGAGCCUCUCAAUUUCAUUCUGUCCCUUCACUAGACUGCCUCAUAUGACAAAUGUUGAUCAUGUUUUAACUGCACUAUGCUCGCAUAACCACCCAGUGAAUUCCUAACAAACAUGUCCCAGAGCCUACCUGUAGAGGGCAGCAAACAUGCAGAGGAAGCAACAGACAAGGGGGCAAAUCUAAAGAUUGUAUGCUAGAUGUUUAAUCUUAUCAGAGAGCAAAUUCUUCGAGGCAGACUGGGUGCCCAUUUAGGGUAAUUCACAGCUGUGUGCUGGUGUCAAGCACAGCAGCACCACCCUCUCCAGCAGCACAGAAGGACAAAGACAUGAGGUCAUGUCUGCAGGCUCAGAGAGGCGAGCAUGGAGAUGGAUAGGAGGGGUGGGAAAAGCGGUGCUCUGCUGUGUAAACACUCACCUGUACUUCCAGCUCAGUACUUAAAAACAUAGCUUUUCUUUUUUGCCUCUCCCUUUAAAUUAGCUUUUUUUAAGAGAAAAAAAGAUUAUCAGAGGAAAAUUAGUUUGGGUAUAGAAAAUGCAAAGUCUGCUUGGACUUUACUGUACUAAGAAUCACAAGCGGGUUCUGUCAGAUAUAGCCUCUGUAUGGAGGAGGAUUGGAUUUAUGAAUCUCCAUUUUAUUUAUUUUAAAAUUUCUCUCUUUUUUUUUUUUUGCAGGGUUCCUCAGUUCUGGCUCAUUUUAUGUAUUUUAAUUAUUUACUAAGUUAAAAGCAAUUUAAUAUUUUAAGCUCUGCGGAUUAUAAUCUAAUAAAAGAGAGAAAUGCCA